CCGUCGGAAACUGCGCCGCCCGACCUCGUCGGAGCCGCGCCCACGACGCCAGGAGUCCCCGCCGUCCUGGGCGUCGCCCUCGAUCUCUUUUCGUCGCGCGGACCGCGUCACGCUCUUCACCGUGCCGCGCCGCCCUCGUCCGCUGCUUCCCCGAGCUCCGGCAACCACCGGAACACCCCGCCGUCGGACGCCGUUCGUCGGAACCCUAGCCGGCCGGAGUUUUCUCGGAGAGCGAACCUUGUGAUUGUGACGAAUGUUGGAACUCCAACUGCUACCAAGGUGGUCUCGAUGUCCAACUGUGAGACAACCCAAGGUUUUCCUGAGGUGCUCCGCGAGAUCAUGAGGCACAUCGGUUUCCGAUACCAGCCGGAAUACACGGUAUUCGAGGAUUACCGUGACUUCAACCAGGAGUACUACCGUGUCGUUGUCCGCCUCCACCAAGACAUGCCUUCAGAAAAGUUUCCAGUGCACAAAGCAGUGGGAACUGGGCACACCAUCGAGUUGGCAAUCCAACAAGUGGCAUACAUGUGCGUGACCCUACUCCGCAUGAAGUACGAAAGGCUGGACAAAGGACCGUUCAAGUAUAUCCCAAGGGGCUUCAUCGCGUGCGAGAACAUGUUCUUCACACUUCCAGGCUUGCCCGAUGAGAAGGUUGCAAAUGACAGCUACGAUUUCUGCAACUUCGUUUCAAGCCAGGAGCACAUGAUGGCAAACAUGCGCGCUAAGGUCGAGCACUACCGCAAGCAGCUCUGGAUAGCACUCGGUCACCUCUCCGCCGUGGUGGAUGCAGGAAUGUACGAGAAUGGAGUUCGCUAUCCUCCGAGUCCUCUUGCUCCUGAGUUGCUCCAUGCGUUCCCAGUGGAUGGGUUUACUACAACACGUGGCCCACCAAGAGUGUUCGAGAGUACGUACCUUCCGCGUCAGUUCCUGUACGGGGAACAGAAGGUAGAUGCGUACGUGUUUCCGUACUCUCCGCAGCUACUGCCGAGGUUUUGACAGCAUUGUCAGGAUAGGUCUCUUGUAUCCGUAGUUCCAUCCUUGGCCACACUUCCUGUGCGUUGUGAAUGGCAAGAUGAG